AUGGAACUAGAUAAGCUUAACGAUGAAGUUACUGACGAAGAUGUACUUAUAAAGAUUGAUAAUCUUACUGUUUCGACAGCAGAAGAGAAGUCUUGGUUUAAACGGAAAUCUUUAAAACCCAAAACCAUCAUUUUAGACAAAGUUUCAGCGUGUAUAAAAACAGGAGAGUUCGUUGCUGUAAUUGGUCCAAGUGGUGCCGGUAAAACUACCUUCCUAGUGUCACUGGCUGGCAAGAAUAACUUGACGUCGUCUGGUACGAUAACACUAAAUAAUACAGAUGUCAAAAACAUCCCACAAGGUGUUGUAGAGCUCGUCCCUCAAUUCGAUGUCUUUAUGGAACAUAUGACAGUCGAAGAACAUUUAAUCUUUAUGACAGAAAUGAAACUUGGCAGCGUCAAAGUGUCACAGAACCGAAGAGUUUUAAGAUCGCUGAUAUACGAUUUAAAAUUAAAAGCUAUUGAAAACAACCCAAUUCGUACGCUUUCCGGAGGGGAGAAGAGAUUACUAUCAAUGGCAACGUCUCUGUUAUCAAGCCCCAUAGUCCUCAUCUGUGAUGAGCCAACGACGGGUUUGGACAGCUAUAACGCAACACUAGUAAUCAGCGUCCUGAAGAAAUUGUCUUUGACCGGCAAAAUUAUAAUUAGCUCUGUACACCAGCCGUCGUCAGAUCUAUUCAAGGAGUUCAACACAGUCUGUCUCAUGUCAGAAGGGAAGUUGCUGUUUUACGGUUCGCAGAACGACUGCAAGAGUAUGUUUGAAAAGAUUAAGUUUCCAUGCCCAGCCACCUUCAAUCCAGCGGAGUUUUACAUAAGAGCAGUAUCAAAUGGCAACAGAUGUAUAGAAAUGAUAUCGGAAAAUAACUGUGACCCUUCGGUUCCGUGCGACUUAACCGGUUCCCGAUCACUGACGCUUCCUUUAAUUCGUACAUGCAAGAGGAACUGGUUUAAACAAAUUCAGUUAUUGCUCUGGAGGUCUUCUUUAUCGUUGAAGAGGGAUUUUAGGCAAUAUUUCUUACAGUUACUGUUCAGUAUGCUCAUAUCCUCCACGAUAAUAGGAACAUGUUACGUCGGAAUAUCUGGGAGAACCCAACGUGGUGUGCAAGAUCUUCGUGGAUUUCUAUGGCUCAUGUGUUCGGAGAUUUCCUUCGCUCUAGCCUACGUAGCGCUGUAUUCAUUUGAAGGGGAUUUGACACUGUUUAAACGAGAACGGGGCUUAUACACUACAUCGGCCUUCUACAUUUGUAGGUUUUUGUCUUUCAUUCCAAGAUGCGUCGUGUGGCCAAUACUUUACGUACUAAUAGUUACUCUAGCACUAGAGUUGCCAAACCAUAUUUUGACAGCCAUAGAGUUUGCCGCCGCUCUCAUAAUAACCGCAAUUGCAUCAACUGCUUAUGGUCUAGGGAUGGCUGCCCUAUUCACAUCAACAGGAUUAAUGGGUGACGUUAUGCCUUGUGCUGAUUUGCCACUCUUUAUCAUGUCAGGUGCUUUCAUUCGCCUAUCGUCUCUUCCCAUGUGGCUUAUGCCAAUAAAAUACUUAUCUCAUUUCUACUAUAGCAUGGAUGCUGUGAGUAACAUCUACUGGAGGCAGAUUGAUGUUAUUGAUUGUCCCAGUAAUUCUACCUCUAUGUGUUAUAAAGACGGGAUCGCGGUGUUAAAGGAAAGUGGAUAUUCGGAUAAUUCUAUCGAAAAUUACAUCGGGUUUACAUUUAUCACAGUCUUUUGGAAUUUGUUCGGCUACUAUGGGCUGAAGCGAGAAGAAAAUAAAGGCUACGCAUAUUAA